GUGAUUGGCUUGCCAGCUGACAUCUCCAAACCUCAUCGUACAACCCCCCCAACACCACCUACAUCUCCACCCCGCCAUCCUCCACUUUAAUAUCGGGCCUGUGGAUGAGGCAUCCUGAGAGAGAAAAAAGUCGGGAGAGAGAGGAAAAGAUAUCUACCUUAGGGAAGAACCUUAGAGAGAGGGAGGGAAAGAGAGGACGGGUAGGAGCGUGUGCAUGAGUGUAAGAGACACUUAUUCUCUUAACUACUUGGAGACAGACACACUUUCCUGGCCUGACUCAAAGAAAGAGAGGGGAAAAACAGGAGGAAGAUUUGUUUUUUCUUUUUUUCAUCACAUUUCAUUUUUAUUUAACAAUUAAGCUACUCCAAAAGCUCAUCAUCCUGGGAACUUCUUCACUGGAGGUUCUGUGUAUUGAUCCACUAACACACCUGAUAAGGCUUACCUCAUGGAUUUGUAUCUGAUUGGAUAUUUGCUGUGUGUGUGGAUGUCCAGCUCACGGGUGCUCGGAGGCUAUCCCAUCUGGUGGUCCCUGGCGCUGGGGCAGCAGUACUCAUCUCUGGGCUCCCAACCCAUCCUGUGCGGCUCUAUCCCCGGCCUUGUGCCCAAGCAGCUUCGCUUCUGUCGCAACUACAUUGAGAUCAUGCCCAGUGUUGCUGAAGGUGUCAAAUUGGGUAUCCAGGAAUGUCAGCACCAGUUCAGGGGCCGCCGGUGGAACUGUACCACCAUCAAGGACAACCUGGCCAUCUUUGGACCGGUACUGGACAAAGCUACGAGAGAGUCUGCAUUCGUCCAUGCUAUAGCCUCUGCAGGUGUAGCCUUUGCAGUGACGCGAUCCUGUGCCGAGGGCACAUCCACUAUGUGUGGCUGUGACUCCCACCACAAGGGGCCACCAGGCGAGGGCUGGAAGUGGGGUGGCUGCAGCGAGGAUGCUGAGUUUGGGGUGCUGGUGUCCAGGGAAUUUGCAGAUGCCAGAGAGAACCGGCCGGAUGCACGCUCUGCAAUGAAUCGGCACAACAACGAGGCUGGACGCACAACCAUCCUGGACCACAUGCACCUGCGCUGUAAAUGUCACGGGCUCUCUGGAAGCUGCGAGGUGAAGACGUGCUGGUGGGCUCAGCCAGAUUUCCGCACCUUGGGUGACUACCUGAAAGACAAGUACGACAGCGCCUCUGAGAUGGUGGUGGAGAAGCACCGUGAGUCACGGGGUUGGGUGGAGACCCUACGAGUGAAGUAUGCCUUCUUUAAGCACCCCACCGAGCGCGACCUGGUUUACUACGAGGGCUCACCCAACUUCUGCGAGCCGAACCCGGAAACCGGAUCGUUCGGGACGCGCGACCGCGUCUGCAACGUGUCGUCACACGGCAUCGAGGGCUGCGACCUCCUCUGCUGCGGCCGCGGCCACAACACCCGGACUGAGAAGCGCAAAGAGAAGUGCCACUGCAUUUUCCACUGGUGCUGCUACGUCAGCUGCCAGGAGUGUGUACGCGUCUAUGAUGUACACACGUGCAAAUAAGAGGCCUGUUCUAGGCAAACUGACUGCUGGACCUUCUACCCACCUCCUGCACAACUUCCCUGCAGAUUUGUACAAAUUCUGCAUCUUGGUCAAUAACCCACCCACAAUCAAACUCAGGCCGUAAUAUACGGAGCCAAGCCAGGGUCAGAUAAAACAAUAAAAACAGAGGUUGUGGUUUGGUUUGGGUUAGUUUAGUUUAGUAACUGCUUGCGUUCACUGAUUUACAGUAUAUACACCAACUGUAAAACUGGGUUUGAAAGAUUAUCCACAACUUGCAACAUUCAGAGAUAAUAUUUAAUAACAUCAAUAUUAUUAAUGGUACAGUUAUAAAAUUAUAUUGGACAUACAUGUAUCAAACCUUUUCACUCUCAUUUCGUGGUAGCUUGAGGACACAAAAACUUAACUCAAACAAAAAAGAAAUGCAGAGUGGAGCAAAGAUUUUUAUUUUUUUUUACUUAAAAGUGGAGGUUCUUAUAAAAAAAGUUUGGGAACAGUAGCACUUAUAUAUAGUAAGACAGAAAUUCAAAUAACGCCAACAUUAAUUUAUAAAUAAUGUUUUCAACCAUUUCUUUUAAGGAAAGGAGCACAGCUUUAGCAAAUUUCUCUUGCUGUCUUGUUUAUGUAGAGGCUUGAAUUAGCAUUUUAGCACAGCUACAGGAAGCUGUUUUAAAAGUAUUUUUCAUUAAAAAUGACAUAAGUAAAACAGCGGAAUAAAACUUGUCCUGUUGCCCUGUUUACAUAUGAGGUAGCUUUAGUAAAGUAGCACAGACAGAAUUUAGGGUUAGGAAAGUAACAAGUUAGAUUUCCAACGAGCAACUUUUUUGUACUAUUUGUUGAAAUGCUAAUAGCUCAUUUAUUGAUUUUUUCUCAUGUGGCAACCAGUUAUGUAGACGGUUACUGUAGUAAGUGUAUUCAGCAGUUGUCAGUGCUGGCGUUGAUAAGGACCCUGUUUGAACUGACAGAUGGGGGACAUUUUAUGCUAGCUUUGUAGCACAUUCGUGCUUAUUUUAGCCCCACUUGUCUUACUCUUUUAGAUGGUGUCAUAAAUGUUACAUUGGAAACAAUGUGUGACAAAGUAUUUUCCCCUGCAGUUUUCUUCUGUGAUGGUUUUUUUUUUUUGUCACGCUUUAAUCUUGUGGAACAUCAGAUACAUUUUAUACCAGACAAAAAUAACCUACAUAAAUAUAAAAUGUAGUUUUCAAAUGACGAGGACAAUAGCUGCCCAAACCAACCUAGUGCUAUGUGAAAUUCUUGCUCUUGUCCUUUUGGAUUUUCUGCUAGAGAGCAGAAUUUAUGAUUUUAUCAAUUACAAUACGGUGUCCUUUUUAUCCAAGGCUGUGUUAGUUUCGUCACUGAGGAACAAAAAUGUUUAACCUCUGUUUUUAUUUUUGAUACCUGGCACUCGCAGGGCUUCGUAUUGAACGGGCAAAGGUAAAUCAGACAUAAAGCACAACUUAGAACUUUCAACCCCUACACUGGACUAUCUACAAAAUGUCAUCCACUUUCAUGGAAAGCAGUUGUGCAACUUUCAAUGCCCUCUCCCCUGUGUCUUUAUUUAUUUCCCUCUUUCAUGCCAACAUGAUGUUUGUGCCAUGUAUAGUAACACUUAAUGCAGUAAAACCCACCCUUCUUUCCAACUAAAACCUCACUUCUCCAGCUAUUAUGUCUGUCUCAACUAACCUGACAUCUACUCCAUCAGUUAUUCAUCUGCAGCCCAAGGUCACUUUUUAACUACUGAACUGAAACAGCAGGAAGACACUGAAGGUGCAACCGUCCUGUCUAUUGUAAACUACUGAGAUGAUUGAGUCCUUCCCACUGGACCAGUCAACUGGGAAUUCUGGAAGAUAUGUGAUGUUUAUAGCCUUGCAUUUCUGAAUUAUGACCAUUGGGGUGGGACUGGAGGUAUGCAGAAGGGGGCAUACCCACUCCUCUCGCUAACAUCCCCACACAGGUUUAUGUAUGCACUAUUCAGAUAACUCCAGGUGGGAAUACAAAAACAAAAAAGGCUGCAAAGUUCUUAUGGAUGAUGGCUUUGUUGCACUUUCUGAGAGUGAGUUUAGGUUUUAAGCUGCUUCUGAAUUCAUGCAUCAUACUUGAGUCAACCUUUAGCGUGUUUAAUUACAGUUCAUUAGGUUCAUCCUAAAGAACUGUGUCUAAAAAUAAAUCUAAUUCAGUAAAAACAGGAGGCAUGUGAAGACAUGUGGAGACCAAGGGUUUGGGAAGCCUCUGAUUGGCUGUCAUAUCUCUCCAGCAUUCCUUUAUGUUUUUCCUGGGCUGAAGCAUUCAAAGGGUCUGAUUUAUGAAGCUGUAUUCUUGUCUGUGCUUCCCCAAAAAACUUGCCUGCCGCACUGUUUCUGUAAUGCUGGAAGAGCAUGCAGCAGAGGAACAGAUCUCAGUAAAUUGGUGUUUACGUUUAAAAUAGAAGAUCUUUGUGGGAAAAUUAUGUCAUUUGUGGGGGGAAAGAUAAAACAAAAAUCAUGUUGUGAUAGUUCCUCCUGUUCUGUAUAAAUUAUACCCACCAGCAGAACUUUACCCUGUAUAGGCUGUCUUCUCCGUGUGACAUAGCUUAUUAUACCUGGAUGUACCUUUCUGUGUCCACUAUCCACAACCUGACUUUCCCCCUGCUAUAUCCAAAGUUUUGUACAAAUGUUUUAAAGUGAAUAAUUCCCUUUUUAUUUUAUAAUCGUAAAUGUUAUGUUUUUAUAAAUAUUAUUUAUUAUACAAUGUAUAUAUCUGUAUGGCUGAACUAAGAUUAUAUAUUUCAAGAAGAAAA